AUGGAGAGGAAGGUGGGGAGAGGAGAGAAGAGCAAGAUGGCUGUACGUUUAUGUGUGACGGUUGUGAAAAGGCAGCAGAGUGUGCUUAGCUCAGGAGAGCCGGAGACACAAGCCAGAGCUCAGGAAGCUGCUAAACCAGAGCGAGGCCCUGCGGAGAAGUGUCUAGAUCAGAACCCAGUGCCAGAUAGCAGAGAGGAAGGAGAAGAGGAUCGGAGAGGAAACACGGAAAAGGAGGGGAAGGAGGGAAUCUCAGAGGAAAGAGAAGAAGAGGGGGAGUCUGAGAAGGACAGAGGAGCGGGGCCCAGGAGGAGCGUGUCAAAAAUGAGGGACAAUGAAAAGGAGAAGUGGAAGGCAAGGAGGAGGGAGAGACCAGGAGUUGGCAUGGAGGAGAAGGGGGAGAGGGAGAGGGAAAGGAGCAGGCAGUGCAGCUGUAGGGCAAGGGAGUGGGAUGGGGCCUUGGUGGGGCAGGAGGAGCUGAGGAGGGAAAGGGAAACAGAGACUGUGAUGUGGGGGGUUGGGGCGGAGGGGGACAUAGAGCGGCAGGGCUCCAUGCGCCGCACCAUCCUCACGCGCAUGCUCAUGCAUUCCUCCUCCUCCUCCUCCUCCUCCUUCAACUGCUCCUCCGCUGAGAGUGACGAGGUCCCCAGCGAGGGCGAAGAGAUGGCCACCAGGAGACAGACUAUGAGGAAGAGCCGUUCCUGGAAGACGUUCCUGAACAUGAUGCAGUGGUCAGUGCGGCGGCAGAGCUCCUGGGUGCAGCUUGCUGGACACCACGGUAAUUUCCAUCUCAGCGAGGGGGGCGAGGUGCUGAAGAGGUUCAAUGCUGUGGAGAAUGCCUGCCUCCAAGCCCUGAUGAGUGACACCCUGCGCCAGUUCGUUCCACGGUACCAUGGCUUGGCCAGCAGAGGGGGCGAGAGCUACAUCCGCCUGGAGGACCUGCUGAGUGGGCUGAGCUGCCCAGUCAUAAUGGAUUGCAAAAUGGGUGUCAGGACCUACCUGGAGGAGGAGCUGACGAAGGCACAGUUGAACCCCUGCCUGCGGAGUGACAUGUACCAGAAGAUGGUGAAGGUGGACCCGAUGGCACCCUCUGCAGAGGAGCAUGCGCAGGGCGGGGUGACCAAACUGUGCUACAUGCACUGGAGAGACAGCGUGAGCUCCACCUCAACACUGGGCUUCAGGAUCGAGGGGGUGACGGUGGAGGAUGGAAGUGUGUUGCGGGACUUCAAGAAGACUCGAAGCUUUGACCAAGUGAUCGAUGUCCUUCUUUUCUUCACCAAGAGGCAGUCACAUAUCCUGGAGGCGUACCUGUCUAGACUCCAGGCUCUCAACGAGGCUCUGAAAGUAUCUGAGUUUUUCCAAAACCAUGAGAUCAUUGGGAGCUCUCUACUCUUUGUCCACGACUGCAGUAAGGCCAAUAUAUGGAUGAUUGAUUUUGCCAAGACAAUCCCCAUGCCUCCUGGCAUCUGUCUGAAGCACAACGUGCCAUGGGUGGAGGGCAAUCGGGAGGAUGGCUACCUGAUUGGCCUGGCCUCCCUCAUCCUGCUGGUGAUGGAGGCACUCAGACUGACCCAUGCACAGGAUGCUGAUCACCAACCGGAGAGCCAGGUUGUGCCACACCAUGGUGAGGCCACUCCGGUCCCAGGUCUGCUGUCUGCUACGAGCACCGACGGUUUUGAAACAUUACCGAAUGAUGGCAUGUCGGAACCCAGCGGAAAUGGACCUCAGCUGACUCCGGAGCCGGCACAAUGGGCCUCAGUUGUCUGUCAGAACUCCUCCCCCAGAAAGUGA